UGCACCCUGAAGUUAGGGUUCCGUUGCUUGCUGUAACAUUUUGCAGAACAGUUCAGGCUCCUCCCCAGCACCAACGUCACCCGAUCCCUAACAAAGCGUCAGCGAUAGUCGGCAACACAUUGUGGUGGCAGAUCUGCGGGGCGCUGCGCAAAGCUGGACUAGCAACGCUGCAUUUCAUGUCCCCAAAAUAUUCCGAGAGAAGUGCGGAAGAGCGUGCAUAGAGAUCUCUAGAGUCACUGCAACUUCAUCGGCCGGCUGUGCUGCUCUCUCCCUCCCCAGUCUGCUGAAGCUGCUGCAGACCGGAGGAAUUUGUAACUUGCGGAACUGAAAUUGGGAAGCGUGAUCCGUUAGGUGCACUGUCAGUUUUCGGAGGAAGUUAUUAUUAUUUUUUUAAGAAACGGCCACAUACUUGGAGUUACCUUCCCAGUGUUGGAAACUUCCCAACGCAGCAUCGAUCGAGGUCCUCCCGCCCACUUUACCUCUGAUCCACAAUACAGGAAGGCGGAGAGAGAGGAGAGCGAGAGAAACAGAGAGAGAGAGAGAGAGAGAGUUGAGCAGCCGCAGCGGUGGAUGGAGCAACAAAGGCUGGAUGGUUAAACUACAAGAGUCCCUGUGAGGAAAACUCAACAGCGCUUUCUGUCGUCGCCUGAUAUUUUCUUAACUGGAACUCUGUAUCAGCUUGGAUCUCAUUCCGGGGACCCCAUCCAGAGCAAACUCUCCAGAGCCAACCCAGCGGGGGGGAAUUCGUCGCAGACGUGAAAUUGAUGCUUUGGCACGGAGAGUCGCGGCACCGAAAACGUAGUUUUGCGAAAGUCUCCUGUAGCCCAGUGAGGGAGAGGUAGACCAGUCUCUGCGGCCGAAGUGGGAUUUGCAGAAGUUGCAUGCGUGUUCUUUGUCGCUUCGAGUGAGUCCCGUCCAUCCGCUCUCAGGUUAUCAGAAGAGACCAACCGGGAUAGUUGAGGAGCCAUGGAGCUGUUCGCGGGGAUGUUGGGAUUCCUGUUGUGGCUGCAGGUCCAAGCUGUAAAUGGACAGAGUGUACAGAUGGACUCCAGUAAGUCUGGCUUUGUGGGCACACAAGUGGAACUGCGCUGCAUCUUCGUCAAUAGCAAUCCGCCGGUGAAGAUCUCCCAGGUCACCUGGCAGAAGCUGUCCAACGGCACCAAGCAUAACGUUGCCACCGCCAACCCAACCCUGGGCGUCUCCAUCCUGUCGCCCUUCAAGGAGCGUGUGGGCUUCAAGCAGGCGGCUGCUCUCCAGCGCCACCAGAUGGAGGACACCACCAUUGUGUUCUCCAACCUGCAGCUGUCCGACGAGGCGGCCUACAUCUGCGAGUACACCACGUUUCCGGCGGGCAACAGGGAGAACAUGGUCAACCUCACUGUGUUUGCUCGGCCAAUGACUCGGAUGACCCUAACGAGCCCAACAAUCGUGGCCAGGGGUAAGAAGCGCAACAUGACCGUUGCCACCUGCACUUCGGCCAACGGGAAGCCUCCAAGCACGAUCAAGUGGAGCACAUUGUUGAAGGGGGAAGCCACCUUGCAGGAGACUCGCAACCCGAACGGCACGGUGACGGUACGGAGCAGCUACGUGGUGGUCCCGAGCCGCGAGACGCACAAACAGAAGCUCACCUGCAUCGUGACGUACCGGGGCGAGAGGAUCACUGACAGCGUGGUGCUCAACGUGCAGUAUGAACCCGAGGUGAAGAUUGAAGGGUUUGAUGGAAACUGGUACCUGAACCGUCAGAAUGUUCAGCUGACCUGCAGGGCCGACGCUAACCCCCCUGUGACGAUCUACCAGUGGAAACUUCUGAACGGCUCGCUACCCAGCAACGUGGAGAUCAAAAACAACACCCUGUUCUUCAAGGGGCCCGUGACCUACGACCUGGCCGGAACCUACGUCUGCGUCGCGAUCAACGGCAUCGGGACGCGCACCGGAGUCGUGGACGUCAACAUUACCGACAUGAAUGCUGUGUCAUAUGCAGCCAGCAACCUCCCUAUCAACCCGACACCCAGGGGCAACGGCAUCCCUCCGGAGCAGCACAAUGCAGGUGCCGCCAUUGGGGGCGCUGUAGGGGGAGUAAUCCUGGUAAUCUUGGCAGCAACACUGCUCUUCGUGUUCCUGCGUCGCCGCCAGCGCACCUUCAAGGGGGACUACAGCACCAAGAAGCACGUCUUUGGAAACGGGUACAGCAAGGCGGGCGCCAUGCCCGCGCACCCCCCCAUCCCCAAGAACCUCCAGUACCCGGACGACUCGGACGACGAGAAGAAGCCCACCCAGAUCAGCAACACCGGGGGGUUCGAGGCGAGCGAACGGAAUUUCGACACCGAAUCCGAGGACCUGAAGAGACCGUACUUCACUGUGGAUGAGGGGGAGAGCCGAGAUUACGGGGAGCGGACUCUGGCCUUCCAGUACGACCCAGAACCUGAAAUUGCCGACGAUAUGAUCUCUCAAACCGACGGCUCUGUCAUUUCUAAGAAAGAGUGGUACGUGUAGAGGCAUGCAACCGCCAAGCAACCUGUCGUCCCUCACCUGCAUUCCACCUCACCCUUCACUCCCACCUCCCCACCCUCACAUCCAUCAACCUGCACCUCCUGCAGUGGCAUUUCCAACUCACCCCCUCCCCCCUCCCUGCAUCAGACUCCAUCCAACUAAUCACUGUUAGAAAAAUCAAGGGUCUAUUUAAAGUCCAAGAACACAACUUCUCAACAUGACAGCAUUGGUGUCUCUUUCAUCAAGUAAAUGGGCAAAGAUUACAAACUAAGGUAUGUAAAUGGACUCAAUGUGGCUCCAAGGCCAGAAAGGUGGUUGGUUAAUACUGUUGUGUAUUUUAUUUUUCAUAAAUGUAUUAAAUGUGUAAAAAAAAAAAAAAGAACAGGUUGAGGUUUUGCUGAGCACAUUUGUGAAAGUCCUACACUGGAUGUAUGGUGUUUUUUUUUUGUUUGUUUUUACUUUGGUUUGGUUUGUUUAUUUUUGUCGUUAGCAAUUUUAAAUUUGUCAUUUUUAUAUUUUCUUUUUGUAUGAUCUGCAGAGAAAUGAGAGUCAUGUGUCUGACAUAUUUUACAGGUGGAGUUUAAAGUGUUUAAAAGUUUAUGGUCAAAUGUUUCAGGAAUAAUAAAAAAAAAAAGUAAAAAAAAAAAAAAAAAGAAAACUAGCUGUACAGACGUGCAACAUUUAUGGCAAAAGCACGUUAUUGUCCUUCUCCAAAGACAUUGUUGAUGCUUCUCAAGCCCCGUCUUGGACUUUAUUUGCUGUUUUUAUUUUUAAUAAAAGGGUGUCAGUCUACUGAGCCAUACAGACACAUGGUUGUAACAUAAUAACAUCCAAUGAUUUUUUUUUUAUUGCUAAAGUUUCCAUCAUGUUAAAUGAGUGCCCUUAUCAGUGAAUCAUAAAGUCAGUGGAGGGAAGGGCAGAAGCUGGCUGACAGACUUCAGUGUUCUACUUUUCAGUUUUUUGCAAUUGUCCUGCAAAGGUAGUAAUGCCACUUGAACUUUCCUCACAUUUUGUCACAAGAUGAAGUAAUCUGUAAGAUGAGAUACAAGAGCAAAUGAUAAACAAAAUCUAUUUAAUCACAGCAAAAGGAGUUCUACAGAGUAGUGACUCGGAGGAUCUGAUAUGUACUGCUGGGAAGUUCACCUCAGUCUGUGAGUGACUGUACUUCACAUACAAAUCCAGAAAAUCACAUUGUUUCAUUUUUUUUUAUGUUUAAUUGGGCAUGAAAUAAGUAUUUGAGACCAUCGUAAAGCAGUACUUUAAUUAUUGCAAUGACAGAGGUCGGACAUUUCCUACAGUUCAGGACCAGGUUACUUUGGUAACCUUGACCAGAUCAUCCGGUGUCGUUUUGAGCCGAUUCCUCACCUUUCUCAUGAUCACUGGUACUCCUCAAAGUGUCUCUUUGGAUGCAUUCCUACAGCAGGUAAUAAUGUUCAAAUUGGUUGUUUUUUUGUGUAUGAUUGUUCAUACUACUAUUUAGGAUCAAUCAGAUUUAAGUGUCAAAUGUUUCCAGACCCCAAAUAGACUGAAUGUUGACUCCACGUAGCAUCGCACUGUAAUAAUGGAUGCUACAGUUCCUGGGUCAGUUUUACUGCAAAAACUCCAAAUCUUUCCAAGUAUUUUUAGUCUUGUGUCCAAUACACAAAUGGUACAGUCAAAGGAUCGCAACAAAGAGGUAGCCAAUAAAGAGAAAGCUUAACUUAUAAGCACAGGCCUUUUGUUGAGCAUUGACUGCAACCUCUGUACAGAAGUAUGUUUAGGUGCAUAGUCGGAACCAGGAGUGGUGGGAUUGUAAUGUGAUGCGCUAUAAGUCCAGAAUUUUCAGAAUAAUAAUUUUCAGUCAUUGUUUACGUCCAGAUUUAUUGAGUCUGGUUUCUGCUGGUGCAGAAUUAUGAUGCAGGUCUCAUAUCAGUGACGUAAUAGUUGAAUAAAAUGCAACAUGAGCGUUCAGACUGCAUACGCUUUGAGAACAAUUGGAUAUGUAUCUGAGUUCUUACCACACGUGGAAGUGAUGUAAAUCUGACUUUUUUUGGAGAGUCAGAAUUUGGCCGUUCAGUCAGCUGUAAAAAGUCAAAUAUAUGGAGUGCAAGAUAGGAGAGCUUCUUAAAGACGAGCUACCGGCUGAAUUCCUGCUAAUUGGUCGGUGAUCAAAUACGUAUUUCAUGCAAUAAAAUCCAAACUACUUAAAACUAACACAAUGUGAUUGUGUGCAUUUUUUUAUAUAGAUUAUGUUGCUCAGUGUUUUGCUGUUUGGUAAAAAUUACAGAUGCCUUCAUUCUUGGAAAAUUAACAAAACCACAUUUUCUAGAUUUGUGGAAGUAUGCAUCAUUUUACAUCAACCGCACCGUUAUGCCCUCAUUUGUGUUGAUUUAUCCCAUAACAUUGAAUUUUGUGGUUAUAAUGAGACAAAAUAUGUAAAAGUUCAAGAGGCAUGAAUGCUUUUGUGAGUAAUUAUGUGGGAAAGACAUUCGCUGAGUCUCACAGGAUCACUAAUAGUGCUCGGAAAUGUCAUGAUUGUCACUUGACUUGAACAGUUUGACCUGUGUACAUGUGCUCAGAAAUCUCACCACUUUAAUGAAAUGUCUGGGUGUUUUUCUGUUCCUGUUUUUAUGCGUGUGUUGAGCUGUCAUAAUUAUGUUUGGCUCUGACCCCUUUUCCUCAAAAUGGAUGUCAGCGAAAAAGUGUCUGAGGAAUUUCUCAGUAAUGAUUCUGCCUCUCCAGUUGAGACUGUUUACCCAAGAACUGGCUAACAUCAACCUCAUUUUCCACCAGGAGUCAUCCAUGGACUCAAAGGACUCGGAUAAGAGGGGAAAUGUCAACUGAUGCUUUUAUUUACGCUAACAGAGAAAAUAUUUUAACAAGUAAAGGGAUCUGAAAAAAUAACGGUGGCCAUGCUGCAAAGCAAGAAAGCAGCGUAAGAACUUGACUGCUGCUUUAGUGAUGCUUCUUCCUUCCUUUCUUUCCAAAUUAAUUCCAGCUAUUUUUUGGGGGGUUAAUUUUGCAGUAAAGAAUUCUUUUUCCUUUAAUGUCAAGAUUUAUUUCUGCAUAUGGGGACGCACUGACUCUUUAUGCCACCAUUAUACAGUAUAUAUCUGUAUCUGUUUUUAAAAAUGUUAGCAAGUGCCAGUGGAUGCUAGUAUAGCAGAAAGACUUUUUCUUCUCCUCAGCUCUGAGCUCCAUUACACGAUCAGCAAAAUAUAUUUGCUUCAAAUGAGAAUGAAAAAAAAAAAAAAUCUCAAUGUGAAAAAUCAGAGAUAAGAGAGGCAUUGCAGUAAAUCUGUGGAUGUAAACAUAUCUGACUGGCUCUGAACACUAUAAAUACUGUAUUAAGCCUUAUUUUAUGCAUGUUUUUUGUGUGUGGGAGUGGAAGUGCAUUUGUUGGUAUUUUUUUUUCCUUUUUCCCAGUCAAUUCCAAUGUGUUUUUGUCCUCAUUUGCAGCUUAGAAAGGCGACAAUAUUCUCCUUUUUUUUAUUGUCGUCUGUAUUGGCAGAGCUAUGAUUUCAUUGGUACGCCGUACCCAACAACAAUAUUGCAGUUAAUACAAAAAUACCUAUAUAAAUAUAUGUUAAAAUGAUAAAGAACACAAAAAACACCCCUGUGAGAGCAUUUUCUUGCAGAUGUGAAUGUUUUUCAGUCCAUGCUUGUCUACUGUAUGCUUUUAGAUGAGCAUGUUAAUCAUGAGCCUCAAUCUAUAUUGUAUGAUAUACACAAACAAGCAUUGAACAGUGAGGUUUCUGUUGUUCUUAUUAGAAGUCAGUUUCAUUCUGUCCUCCUCCGAUCCAUUUUUCAAUGGCCUUAUUUCAGUUUUAAAGAGACAGUACACGACUCAAAAUAAACUGAGCAACAGUAGCCAGUUUCUUCUGUCACUGUGGACAAAAAAAAGUUUGGUUUUCUCACACAGGCAGGGGAAAUGCUUUCUUGUUUAGUCAGAAAUAGGUUGAACCGCAGCGUUAUAAGAAAACAAAGCACGUUUUAUGUUUUUGUUCUUUUUAUCCAGUGCCUAUCAAAGGAAGGAGGGGUGAGGUAGUCACGGCAACCACUUCCUGUUUAUUUAAGCUCUUCAUUCCCCAACUAGAUGAAAAAAAUUUAACUAUUAGACACAAUUCUUGUAAAAGUAUUUAUACUUCUUUUGAUUUGUUUUUUUCAUUUUACUUUGUGUGUUUUAUUGAGGUUUUAUGUAAUAGACACAAAAAAAAAGAUGCAGAAAUGUGAAGUAGAAGAAAAAUGUUCAAAUCAACCUCUGAGGUUCGAUGUGUCUUCUUCUUUUACAGUGAUACCCCCAAAAUAAUGAAAUUAUAACCACCAGCAAAUAUUUUCAUACAUUAGAUUUCUAAUUUGUGGAUACAACACAAUGAUGCACUUCUCAGUGUUUCUGCAGGAUCUUUAAGAAUUUGUAAGAAAUAUAAGUUCAGCUGAAAUUUCGACCUUUAAAGCUCUUAAAAACGUCCAGAUUUUCAAUUUGUGCUUUUCUCCAUUCAUUUUGUUUUACAAUAAACACAUUCCUUUCUUUUUCCUGACAUGAGCUUAUAGGAAGGCAAUGAAAUUCAACAUAUUCCAGCAGCGUUAUCCAGCGCCUUCAUCGUGGGAAAGUGUGUAUUUACUCAAGGUUUGGCUUGAUAGCUGCAAUAUUUAUAGCUGGCUAAAACCCGCCAUCAGAAACCACCACAAAGCCUUUUCUGACUGGGUGUAAAAGCACUAAAGUCAAACACCAUUUCACCUUAUUUAUGGUAUUAAGUAAAAUACAACUUAUUAAUUUAGUUAUUUUUUAUUCUGCUCUUUACUCAUGUUGUGUUUUUUUAUGAUGUAACCUUUUUUGGUGGUUUUUAAUUGAGUUCCAAAAAUUCUUAAACUAACAUUUCUGAAACUUAAACUUAAUCAGAGUUUUUUUUUUUUUAACAUUUGUCCACUAACAUAUUCAAACCAACAUCCCAAAGCUCCAGAAAACUUCUGGAUUUUUUGAGUUCAACUGCUUACAUUAGAUUUUCUUUCGGGGUUUCAGAGUAAAGGAAGUGAAAACAAUGCAUUGGAAAACGAAAAUGUAUGUCAGAAUUUUUCUUCUUCUUCACAAUUGUGUCUGUCUAAAUAAAAUCUAAUUAAAAACACACUCAGGUUUUUUUGUCAAGAACAAAACAAAAAGAUCUCCAAAACACAGACUGCACUGCAAAUCUCCGUUCAACACAAAUGAUCAUUUACAUGCAGUGGAAUCUAGUUAGUCUUCAUCCCAGCACUUUACUAACACUGCAUACUUGAUCACACAAAAAAAACGUCUAAUUCAACAUUUUCUUUUUCUAUCUAAAAAUUAAAACAGCACUCAAUGUUGAAUUUCUGGACUCCAGCAGAAAUCUAAAUCCUGCAGCCUCAGAUCAGAUUCUUGACGUUCUUCUAAGCUUUUAAGCACAACAGCGACUCUAAUCCAGUAAAAAAGAAACGUAACUUUCAUGUAUGAAUUAAUGAACAUCGCCCCCAUUUGAAAGCACAAACGUAUGGUUUCAUCUGACUUUUUUUCUGCUUCUGUUUUGAAACCACUGCCACAGCUGCUUCUCAGACAACAACAGAAAAAAAUACUUUGGGGUUAAAAAUGUAUAUUGCUAAAUAUUAACAUUCAUAUUACUGAGGUGUUCUGACUUUCUAUUUUAUAAUAGUGACUGUAACUUCAUUCCAUCCUAAUCCUACUUUUUGUAUUCUGUAUGUUUAACAUUCCACUGUAAAUAUUGUACAUAAAGUUGAGAUUAUAGUCUGGGUUUAAUAGCGAGCCUGUUGUGUAAAAUAAACCUUAUUUGACUGCAAACAUGGAGACUCGGUGAUGGAUAGAUGAAGUUGAUGGAUAGCUUUUUCCCAAAGUCUCGACUAAAAACUGCUCCUCUAGUACCUUUUUAACAUGCCAAUAGUGACUUCACUGUCAUACAAAGGGGGUAUUGCAUACAGUCUGUUGAAGUGGUGUCACUGAAAGAAUCUCAAAAGGUACAAAAAAAAUAAAUAAAUCUGUUUGUAUGCAGCCAUGUGAAUGUAUAUUUCUGAGGGUGUUACAAAUAUAAGAAUUAAAAAAAAAAAAAAUCUUGUUCAAUUGUGAUGACCCAGUAAAGUAACUUGUAUUUGUUUUGAGCAUUAAAUGAGUUCAAUAGUCAACCUGUCCCAGUUCACUGAUUGGAUAAAUGUGUCAUCUAACUGAAUAUGGUCCAUGUUUGCAGCACAUUUCCAGCUUCACGUGCAUUCAUGUAUUUUGGUAACUGCAGCCUUUUCCCAAUAACCGUGAUGUUUCAGUGUCUCAUGCAGGUGGUUCAGUUGAAUUACAUUUUUUUUUUAAUGUGCCUGUAAACUGUCACACCCAAAACAUUUGUUCUGUAAAUAAAUUUGGUUGAACAAAA